AUGGCCGUCACCAUGAUGCCGUCGGCUUCCCUGGCCGAAAGGGAGGAUGGAAUGGCGACGGUCCUCGAGGGAGCCAGACAGCAGCCGUUCCGCGUCAACAGAAAGCUCCUAUGCGAAGCCUCGCCCUUCUUUUGCCAACGGCUUCAGAACCACGGUCGUCCAAGACGGGCAGCUUGCCUCUGGCUUCCCGGCGAGUCCUGCACCACGUUUGCCCUUUUCCUACACUGGGUGCACUCGCCCCAGACGUUCCGACACGUGCUCGAGGCCUCCGUCUCUGCGGCUCUCGAGACUAGCCAACGGGCUUCCCAGGACGUGCACUGGGCCCUCAUUCGUCUGCACCUCUUGGCUUCGCGUCUCGACCUACGCCGGCUGCAGGACCUGGCCAUGGACUGCGUCCAAGACCUCUAUCUGACGUGCGACUGGGACGUGCCCCCAAGCUUGAUAGCCUAUCUCUACACCCGGUGCGAGGCCGUCCCAGCGGUUCGCGCUCGUCGCUGGGCAGUCGCCAUGGUUGCCUUUUCGUGCAGCCACGGGGGUGACGACCGCCUCGUGCGGCUCGGCCAUCGUCCCCAGGACUCGGCGGCGGCGGCGGCGGCCACCUCUGACACGGCGCGCUUCCGCUCUCUGCUCAGCCUUGUCCCCGAGUUCGCGGCCGACUAUGCCGCGCACGUGCGCAAGAUGGAGGCUGCGGGCCUGGACAUCAGGUUCAAGAACCCGCAGCUGCGCAUAGCGGCGAACAAGCUGCGCAACGAGCAGCGUCUGUUCGGGUUCCGAGAAUGCUCCUUCCACUCACACCGCGCCACCGUUGGCCAGGCGCGGUGUCCGCAUCACGCGGUGCCGCCGACCUCCGUCCGCAAGGCCCCGAUGCACAGGGAAUCCGCCUGUGUGCCCAAGCCCUUGUUUUGGAAUCGCGAAGCGUGA